AUGCCUACAAAUCUUACAGAUCUCCCUCAGGAGAUUCGCGAUAUGAUCUGGAACGAACUUUUACUAGAUGACACGGAAAAUCGCCUAAAACACCGAAAGAUAUCAACUCAACUCUUCCAGGUCAACAAAGCGAUCUCGGCUGACACACUUGCAUUCUUCUACCGCGAAAAUGCAUUCGUACUUAUCGAGGACAUCGAUACCAGGACCGGAUGUUUUCUGAGUCACCUUCUAGAUUCAGCUCUAUUGACCAAAUCGCGAUGUCAUAUGACAUUUCUAUUACCGGACAUGGAAUUCCCACCAAAAGUCGCUUUAAGAAUAAAGCUAUUGCAAGGGUAUAACAAGGCGGUGAUGGGAGGGGAGAACAAAUGGGAGGAAACAGUGGACCGGAGGUCUAAGCAGAGGGUUGUGCAAGUCUUGAUGCCAGGAAAGUAUCUUCCGAGAUUGAUUCAGACGAUAAAUUGUACCCGAUCUCCUUUUUACUAUGUAAAAGAUUAUGUGGGACCUCCUAUCUUCGGAAUGAAGCUAGAUUUCGAGACCGAGCUUGAAGAGUAUUACCAGGGAAAUGGGGUGGCACAGCGACUUGUAGAUGGUCUAAAAGGUCUUCUUCAAUUUCAAGGUUACGAUUGGUAUAGUAAUUGGCGUGGCUUCAAUUCUGCAAGAUUAAUCACGGGGCCUACUUUCAACACCGAAUUCACGAUCACGGGGUUAGACGACAAGCUCGCUACUGAACUUCUACAAAAUUCUGACCUUCCAAUGUGGACAAGAGGAGAUGUAAUCGCGAAAUCAAAGCAUCUCAUUCAGCAAGCCAAAACCCACGAAGCCCGCGGCGACUACGCAGAAGCAUAUCUCGACCUCUACGCAAGUCAACUCAUGAUAGGCCACCAUAAAGUCCGUGGAUUUAUGAACGCGAACCUUCCAGCAUGGAUUGGGCUUGAAAUCACCUCGAUACUUUUCGAUAUCCUGUUUGCGUACAGCGAGCUGGCCUGGAACCUGCGUAGCGAGUACCGAGAAUUUUUCCUUCGUCGAUUUGAUGUCGAAUCGACUGGAGAAAUUUCCAGGGCAUUCGGCAAAGUCAUGCGUAAUUCCCCACGGCACCCCUAUCUGAGAGGGGAUCGUGCUGACGAAGGGCAUUUGAAGGGAUCCACGCUUGAAGAUUUAAAAGCGAGAAGGUCAACCCUUUUUUUACGAUAUUCUCGUUAUGCUCUCUCUAUAGGAGACUUCUCUAACACUGUGAACUAUCUUCGUUUGGCCCUGGCAAAGGACCUGAGAAUUUAG